AAAGCCUACCCGUUUAAUGAACCGUGACCUAUGACUGACUAAUCAAAGUAAGGUGCGAGUCAUUAAGGGGAAGUAAUUGAUUCGGGAACACAGUGGCGGACAAAAUCAACUGUGAAUAUGGUCACGCUCUGGCAGAAUAAUAGGUCUUUUGAAGAGACAAACCUGCAUAUGUUGCAAAAUGAAGUUCUGUGUGACGUCACAUUAUUGGCGGGAAGCAACAGACAAGUAAUCAGAGCUCAUAAAUUUAUUCUGGCUAGCAGAAGCACAGUAUUUUAUGCCAUGUUUUGUAAUUCCUCCGAUAAACUAACUGAUACCAUCGAAGUCGCCGACGUAGAUUUUGAGGUACUAAAGGAAAUUGUACGGUUUAUCUAUUCGGAGAACUGUGACAUUAACUCAGACACGGUAAUGCCAAUACUUACUGGAGCUAAGAAAUACAAUAUAAGUCGACUAGAAGAGAAGUGUAGAACAUUUCUUAUUGAUAUUCUAUGUGCGGGAAAUGUUUGUACAAUUUUAAAGAGUGUGCAUGAUUUGGAAGAAAAAGGGCUGGAACAAAAAUGCUUAUCGUUUAUAACAGAAACCGGAAAUGACGUACUUACUAAUAACGCAUUCGCGGCUCUAUCAAAAUCACUGAUUCGAAAAAUAAUUAUAUCAGACACACUUCAAUCAGACGAAGGGACAGUGUAUGAAGCGUGUAAAAAAUGGGCUGCUGAAAACUGUAAGAGUGAUAUUAGCAAUGCUGAACCUACAUCAACGGAUUUAAGGAACAAAUUAGGAGAUUUAAUACAUCUUAUACGGUUUCCGUCAAUGUCCUUUGAAACAUUUGCCGCCUGCGCGUCAAAAGACGAUAUAUUAACUGCUGAUGAAAAGGUCAGCAUUUUUCAAUGUAUUGCUAACAAAUCUACUCCGGCGGAUUGUAAAUUUUUAGUGAAGGCACGAAUAAGGAAACCAAAUGUUAAGAAAGAUCGUAUAAUUAUAAGACGAUUUGUAGAUGCCCCUAGUAAACACUGGAUGUAUAAUGGACUGGUAGAUUCAAUAAACUUUAUUGUUUCAGAGAAAGUAAAAUGUGAUGGCGUCAGUCUGUUUUCACCAAUAAAUGUUGGGAAAGUGGUAGGAAUUGUUCAGUUGGAAAGUGCAAAGUUUGGCGUUUUAUUUGAAAGAAGAGUAGAAAUUAACUACAACGCAUCUGAAGUGAGCGAAGAAGUGUUAUUUGAUGAUGGUGUUGAACUUAUUCCUGGAGUGUUAUAUACCCUGAAAUGUGAAUUCAAAGGUCCUUACACAUAUUAUGGGAUUGGUGGUCGAAAAAAUGUUUCUGAGGGAAAUAUAACUGUAACAUUUAAGGAAAACGAUUUUAGCCAAAACGGAACAGACUGUCAUGAGGGACAAUUUCACUACUUAAUUUUUCAAGCAGUUGGCAAUGACUCAUGAUGAGAUAUAUUAGAUUGUAUUAGAAUUCCAUUCAGUUUUGACAUUGUCGUGUAAAUAUAUUUAAUUACUUCACGUUAUUUUAUGAAGGUAUCUGUGCUAAUACAUUCGAAGAUAAUUACUUGUGUGCUUGUUUAUUAAAAUGUUAGGUACACAAAAACUGACAAUUACAUUGUAUCAGUAAAAAAACUAAAAAUGUAAACCUAG